AACAAUCGCUUCGGCCCUCUGCUAAGAAGCAAACGUCGGUAGCUGUAGCAUUAGCUCAUCGAUGAUUUAUAUAUAUAUAUAUUUUUUAGAUUUGUGCUUAUAUUAAUUAACACCAACAAGGUGAGACACACCUGAGGGGAUACGGUAACGGCGACCAACGAGAAUGUUUAAAAAAUUUGACGAGAAGGAGAAUGUGUCAAACUGCAUUCAGCUGAAAACAUCAGUGAUCAAAGGAAUCAAAAAUCAGCUGCUGGAACAGUUUCCUAACAUUGAUACAUGGCUUAAUAAUAUUAUGCCCAAAAAGGACCCUGUUAAAAUAGUGAGAUGCCAUGAGCAUAUUGAAAUCUUGACAGUGAAUGGAGAACUGCUCUUCUUCAGACAGAGAGAAGGACCAUUUUAUCCAACGCUCAGACUGUUGCAUAAAUAUCCCUUCAUUCUUCCACAUCAGCAAGUUGACAAAGGGGCCAUUAAAUUUGUCUUAAGUGGAGCAAACAUCAUGUGUCCUGGGCUGACAUCACCAGGUGCUAAACUCUACCCAGCUGAAGCUGAUAAAGUUGUCGCCAUCAUGGCAGAGGGCAAACAACAUGCACUUUGUGUUGGCGUUAUGAAGAUGUCUGCUGACAGCAUAGAGAAGGUCAACAAGGGAAUUGGAAUUGAAAACGUUCACUAUCUUAAUGAUGGAUUGUGGCACAUGAAGACGUACAAAUGAUAACAUCACCUGCCUUGUCCUCCUGGAAACGCAUAGAUCUCUUGACAGUGAGCCACAAGCAGCCAGUCAUCUAUUUACACCUGUGGACUUAGCUGUGCACCCUUCCUGGAGGCUUCCAGUCAGUCACCAUGAUGCACAAAUAAGAGAGCUUUGUUUUAGUCUGUCA